AGCAACACCAACACCCUGCCGCCUCUCCCCGCGAGCUUCUAGAGGAAACAAAACAUGUCUUGGCACUGUGUGGUUCACCACUGCCACAUCAAAACGGCAGGUGAAACUGAUGAAAGAUAUUCAGAUCAUGAGGGAGUUUUAAAAGUUAGCACCCCAUCUUUGGUAUGAUACGUUUGGCGUGGAGUGUUUGGCGGAUCGCGCAGCGCUUCAGACUGGAUGCUACAAGUUUAAAGUCGAAGCGCGUUUUGGAUGAGAGUACACCUGGAAAUGGGGGAUCAGCGUCAAAGGUACCCAGAAUGGAUUUAACUACUGUCCCAUUCCCCUCGCUGAACUCAUCCGCGGAUUCUAAUGGCACAAGCGCGCCGAGACCUCCUCCGCAUUCACAGUACGCGGCGGUGCUCAUCAUUCUCGUGGUCACCGUGAUCAUCUUGGUGACCAUUGUGGGGAACGUAUUAGUGGUGGUGGCCGUUUUCACCAGCCGCGCGCUGCGUGCGCCACAGAACCUCUUUCUGGUUUCUUUGGCGUCUGCUGAUAUUUUGGUGGCCACUUUGGUUAUUCCAUUCUCCCUAGCCAAUGAAGUGAUGGGCUACUGGUACUUUGGAAGCACCUGGUGUGCCUUCUACCUGGCUUUGGACGUGCUCUUCUGCACGUCAUCCAUUGUGCACCUCUGCGCCAUAAGUUUGGACCGCUACUGGUCGGUCACCAAAGCAGUCAGCUACAACCUAAAGAGAACCCCGCGGAGAAUAAAGUUCAUGAUCACGGUGGUGUGGGUCAUCUCGGCUGUGAUUUCCUUCCCACCGCUUCUCAUGACCAAGCACGACGAGCUAGAGUGCUUGCUGAACAACGAGACCUGGUACAUCCUCUCCUCCUGCAUGGUUUCGUUUUUUGCGCCUGGUCUCAUCAUGAUUUUGGUGUACUGCAAGAUCUAUAGGGUGGCUAAACAGCGCGCGACCACCGUGUUCGUGGCUAAGAACGGGAUGGAGCGACAACCAUCGCAAUCGGAGACCUGCUUCGUGCGUAAAGGCAAGACUGAGACGGAGAGCCCCAGCAGCCACAGCUCAGGCAGCCGAGAGCGCAAAGGCGAACUCGACGACAUCGAUCUGGAGGAGAGCAGCGUCUCCAACAGACAAAGAAACUCUCGCUUCGCCAAGAGCAGGAAGGUGGAAGGGGCACAAACGUGUCCAAAGCUAAACGGACGGCUGUCAUGGGCGUGUAGCCGCGCGUCGGAGCUCGAUCAGGAACCGAAGGCGCGUCAGCUGUCUUUGUCCAAGUCCAAACUGGCACAGAUGCGAGAGAAGCGCUUCACCUUCGUGCUGGCAGUGGUUAUGGGGGUGUUCGUGCUCUGCUGGUUUCCUUUUUUCUUCACCUACAGCCUUCAUGCCAUAUGCCGAGAUAGUUGCACAAUACCGGAUUCUCUAUUCAAUCUCUUUUUCUGGAUUGGUUACUGCAACAGCUCUGUGAACCCCAUCAUUUAUACCAUUUUCAAUAGAGACUUUAGAAAAGCUUUCAAGAAGAUAAUGUGUCAGCACUCUACACGCGCGUAAAUGCACACACAUAUGUAUAUGGGUCAAUGACAAAUAAAAGAGUGUCAUAGAGUGUCAAGAGAUGAUAAAAAGGGGGAUUCUUUUGAAAAUAUAAUAUAAUACACUGUAAACGUUGUUACGUUAAAGUGCUAUUUCUGCCUGAUCUUACCCUUAAAUUGAGUUUUUUUUGGUGUAACCUGAUAUGUGACCCUGGACCACAAAACUAGUCAUGAGUAGCACAGAUAUGUUUGUAGCAAU